AUGGUGAUAUCAAAAUUUCAAUUUCGACAGGCGAAAACUGAUCUAAGUCAUCGUGCCAUUCAAAGAAUAAUUUCCGAUCAUGAUCAAAUAAGUGGUCUUAGUAACAAAAUUACUUUUUCAGAAGAAAUUCCAAGUGAUUCCAUUAAAUCUUUAACAGCUAUUCUUCGUGAUUCAACAUUCGUAUUUAUUGAAUAUACAAAACCAAUUGAAUCAAGUAUCAAUGGACAAUAUAAUUGGUUAUAA